AUGUCUACACGAGACUCGGAUAAGGACAAACCGUAUAUACCCCAUAACAGUCUAAAGCAGGAUGGUUACUCCAAAGAAGGCGAGGCGACAGCUACAUGCUAUUGCGGAGCUGUACAACUAGCAUUCCCAACCACCGCCCCAGGCCUCGUAGACAUCUUCGUCUGCCACUGCACCGAUUGCCGAAAGAUCACAGCGUCGGCUUUUACUUCAGCUUUCAUUGUCGCGGCUUCAGCUGUCAAGCACAUACGCGGCCAGGACAAUCUGAAGAAGUUCUCACAGUCUCAGACGACUGCUUCUGGCCAGGCGAUGACGAACUACUUCUGCGAUACAUGUGGGACGCUCAUGUACCGGCUGAGCACCGUCGACGAUCUGAAUUUGAUGGAGGGCUUACUGAGACCCAAGCGAGAGGUUUACGUCAAGGACAGGGUCAGUUGGGUCCAUGGAGUGGAAGGAGCGAGGCAGAGUGAGAUCAUGGAGUAG